AUGGCCAAGACUCAGAACAAAGCUCACAAGAAUGGCAGCCAGAAGAAGAAGGGCAAUAAGAGUAAAAGAAAUGGUCCAACAGCGGUCGCAAUGAAACAGAAGGCUCCGGCGGCGGACAAUCCUUUCGAGACGAUUUGGUCCCGCCGCAAAUUCGACAUCCUCGGCCGGAAGCGCAAGGGCGAAGAGCGCCGAGUCGGCCUCUCCGCUCCAAGGCCAUGA